AUGGAUGCUACGUAUGUGUCAUGGAUAUGGCAUGGGGAGGAGGCCACGUUAAACAACUCACUAGAUGAUAAUGAUCAACUUAGGGAAGAGGAGCAUAAGUUUGUUGAUGAAGACCCUAUAGAUAUGGUAAAUGCUGCUUAUGAUGAAUAUGUUGAGGAUCCCAACAAAUUCUGUAAAUUACUUGAAGAUGCAGAGAAACCGUUAUACCCUGGAUCUACUACGUUUACAAAAUUAUCAGCACUAGUGAAGUUAUAUAACUUGAAGGAAAAAUAUAGUUGGAGUGACACAAGUUUUACCGACCUUCUAGAUUUGUUUGCAAAAAUGCUUCCAAUUGGCAAUGAGUUACCUUCUUCUUUAUAUGAGGCAAAGAGAAGCUUAGUUGCAUUGGGAAUGGACUAUGAGAAAAUACAUGCGUGUCCCAAUGACUGUAUCUUAUAUCGGAAGGAGAAUGCAAAUUGUACUAAUUGCCCUACUUGUGGAACUUCAAGGUGGAAGAUGUGCAAGAAUUCUAAGGUAUCUAUAGGAGUUCCUGCAAAGGUGUUAUGGUAUUUUCCACCUAUACCAAGAUUUCAAAGAAUGUUUCGAAAUAAGGAUAUAUCUAAGGAGUUAACUUGGCAUGUUGAUAAUAAAGUUUGUGAUGGUUACUUGCGUCAUCCAGCUGAUGCACCUUGUUGGAGAACAAUAGAUCAUAUGUGGCCAGAUUUUGCUUCUGAGCCAAGGAAUCUUAGAUUGGCCUUAUCUGCAGACGGGAUAAAUCCACAUAGUGUACUGAGUUCUACAUAUAGUUGUUGGCCAGUUAUCAUGAUUACAUAUAAUCUUCCUCCUUGGAUGUGUAUGAAGCGAAAAUUCAUGAUGCUUAGUUUGCUAAUCUCUGGUCCUAAACAACCCGGGAAUGACAUUGAUGUUUAUUUGGCACCUUUGAUUGAUGAUCUGAAAGUCUUGUGGGAAGAAGGUAUACAAGCAUACGAUGCAUACCGACAAGAAAGAUUUGUCCUUAAAGCUGUUUUACUAUGGACGAUCAAUGAUUUCCCAGCAUAUGGGAACUUAGCAGGUUGCACUGUCAAAGGAUAUCAUGCAUGUCCUAUUUGUGGUGAGAAUACAUAUGCCAAGAGGUUGAAGCAUAGCAGGAAAAUGUCAUUCACUGGGCAUAGAAGAUUUUUAUGUAAAACUCAUCCUUAUCGAAGGCAAAAGAAGGCAUUUGAUGGGAAGCAAGAAUUCAACUUAGCCCCAAAACCAUUGAGUGGCCAUGAUAUUCUCAAAAGAAUUGAGGGGAUCAAUUGUCGUUGGGGAAAAAUUAGUGGCAAGCUAAAAGCUGAAAGACAAGAUAGUCAAUCAUGUUGGAAAAAGAAAUCAAUUUUCUUUGAGCUUGAGUAUUGGAAGCAUUUGCAUGUCCGGCAUGUCCUUGACGUCAUGCACAUUGAGAAAAAUGUGUGUGAAAGUAUUAUUGGCACAUUACUUGACAUCCCAGGAAAAACCAAAGACGGGGUAGCUGCCCGAUUAGACCUUGUGGAAAUGAAUGUAAGAAUGGAGUUGGCACCAAAGCAAGGGGAAAAGAAAACCUUUUUGCCACCUGCUUGUUAUACACUCAGCAAAGAUGAGAAAAAGAAAGUUUGUAACUCUUUGUUACAUAUGAAAGUCCCAACAGGCUAUUCAUCUAAUGUGAAAAACCUUGUCAAUGUGAAUGAGUUAAAACUUGUUGGUCUUAAGUCUCACGAUUGUCACACUUUCAUGCAACAGUUACUUCCAAUUGCUAUUCGAGGUGUGUUGCCCAAACAUGUAAGGUAUGCUAUCACUCGGUUGUGCUUCUUCUUUAAUGUCAUAUGUAGCAAAGUGAUAGAUGCCUCAAAGUUAGAUGCGCUACAAGAAGAGAUUGUGACAACGUUGUGUUUGCUUGAGAAGUACUUUCCUCCUUCAUUUUUUGAUAUCAUGGUUCAUUUAACUGUUCACCUUGUGAGGGAGGUCAAAUUGUGUGGACCAGUGUGGUAUAGAUGGAUGUACCCAUUUGAAAGAUAUAUGAAAAUCUUGAAAGGGUAUGUGCGAAAUCGCAAUCGGCCUGAAGGUUGUAUAGCCGAGUGUUAUAUUUCUGAAGAAGCGGUGGAAUUUUGCUCAGAGUAUUUGUCUAAUGUUCAAACAAUUGGAAUCUCAUCAAAACAUUAUGAAGUGGAGCGUACCCGACCUUUAUCAGGUGCUCAAAUGCACUCCAUUAGCCAAGAGGAGUGGGAACAAUCACAUCGUUACAUUUUGGCAAAUGAUGUUGAAAUAGACCAAUAUGCCAAGGAACACAAGGCACAUUUGAAGGCAACAUUGCGUGGUAAAGUUAGGACAGAGAAGGGGUUACUUGAUGAGCAUAACCGAACAUUUAUUAAUUGGUUACGUGAUUGUGUUGGAAGAGCAAUAAAUGAUUCCACCCAUGAAAUAUCUGAAAGAGUAAAGUGGUUGGCACAUGGGCCUCGCAACCAAGUGUUAAAGUACUCUGGUUAUUUAAUUGAAGGAGUUACUUAUCAUACCAAAGAACGUGAUACUUUGCGAGCUGUCCAAAACUCAGGAGUAAGCUUAGUUGCAAAGAUAAUGCAGGUUGCUAGUGCGAAGGAUAAGAAUCCCAUUGAGUCAGAUAUGGUAUUUUAUGGAGUUAUUGAUGAAAUAUGGGAGCUUGAUUAUCAUAGCUUUCGAGUUCCUGUGUUCAAAUGCAAUUGGGUUGAGAAUAACAAUGGUAUUAAAGUAGAUGAUCUUGGUUUCACAUUAGUAAACCUUAAUAAGAUUGGGUUCAAAUCUGAUUCUUUUAUCUUGGGGAGUCAAGCCAGACAAGUAUUUUAUAUUCAAGACCCUCAAGAUCCUAGAUGGUCUGUCGUGCUUGCAACUCCUAAUCGGGAUUACUUUGAAUAUCUCGAUGGGGAUGAGAUGGAUGAAACAAUAAUCCAUCAUCAAUGUUUUGCGAAAGGGAUGCCAUCUUUGAAUGUUGACGAUAAAGAUGAGAGUGAACCGCCAUGCAUUCGAGAAGAUUGUGAUGGGACUUGGGUUGAGAAUGUGAACUCUUAG